AUGCGCGGUUUAACUCCAUUGCGAACUCUGGCCAGGCCAGCUCGCCUGUGCCUACGCCAACCACAGCGCAGCCUGUCUAGGGUUUCCGUCACUGCUAAAAGCCAAGGCCGAUGCUCGGAGGUGGGCAAACGGCCGGUCCUCGCCGUUACGACAAACGUGCUUCGCUCAACCCAGACAGGAGCACAAAGGCGACACGCCUCGGGAUCCUCUGGCGAGACGUUGCACAAGACGGCCCUCUAUGAUUUGCACGUCGCCAAUGGCGGCAAGAUGGUGCCGUUCGCCGGCUACCACAUGCCGGUACAGUACUCGUCCCUGUCGGUGAGCGCAUCGCACGUCUUCACGCGCGAGAAGGCCUCGCUCUUUGACGUCGGCCACAUGGUGCAGCGGCGCUUCAGCGGGCCUGGAGCCGCCGCGUUCCUGGAGCGCGUCACGCCGUCGGGCAUCGCCGCCCUGAAGCCGCACCACGGGUCGCUGACUACGCUGCUGCACCGAGGCACCGGAGGCAUCGUCGACGACACCAUCGUCACCCGUCUCGACGACGAGCUCUUCUACGUCGUCACCAACGCCGGCUGCCGCGACAAGGACAACAAGUACCUCGCCGACGAGCUGGCGGCCUGGGACGGCGCCACGGUCAAGCACGAGGUCAUGGACGGCUGGGGCCUCGUCGCUCUGCAGGGCCCCUUGGCCAAGGAGGUUUUGGCCGACGCCCUGGCGGAGCCGGCGGAGGUUGACCUCCCCAACAUGCACUUCGGCAUGUCGCGCUACGGCCGCAUCAAGCUGCUCGGCAUGGAGGUGUCGGCGCCGCUGCUUAUCAGCCGUGGUGGUUACACGGGCGAGGACGGGUUCGAGAUCUCGAUCCCCGAGGACGAGACCGUCGCCGUGACCCAGGCCCUGCUCACCACCGGCACGCCCGAGCGCCUGCAGCUGGCCGGUCUGGGCGCCAGGGACAGCCUGCGGCUCGAGGCAGGCAUGUGUCUGUACGGCCACGACCUGGACGACACCACGACGCCCGUCGAGGCCGGGCUCAGCUGGGUCAUCCCCAAGGCGAGGAGGGAGACGGCGGGCUUCCACGGCGCCGAGGUCAUCCUGCCUCAGCUGGUGCCCAAGAGCAAGGGUGGCAAGGGCGUGGAGAGGCGACGUGUUGGACUGGUGGUCGACGGUGCGCCGGCCCGCGAGGGUGCUGAUAUCGUCAGCAGCGACGGCGCCACCAAGCUGGGCAAGAUCACGAGCGGUUGCCCCAGCCCCACACUGGGCAAGAACAUCGCCAUGGGAUACAUUCAGGAUGGGCAACACAAGGCAGGUACCGAGGUUGCCGUUCUGGUUCGCGGCAAGCCCAGGAAGGCUGUCGUGACCAAGAUGCCUUUUAUCCAGACCAAGUACUGGAAGGGUGAAUAA